GUGUGUCUGACAGGCUGCUCCAGAGACCUGAUGGUGCGGGUCGACCAGCUCUGUUCUAAGCACAACAUCAAAGUCUUUUGUGGGGACGUCUACGGUUACUAUGGCUACAUGUUCUGCAACCUCGGACAGGAGCACAACUACGUUGAGGAAAAACCAAAACAGGCGAAACCAACUGGAAAUUCGACAGAAGAUGGUCCAGAGGCAAAAAAAGCCAAAGUUGACCCCAAUGAGACCACCAUGGUUAAAAAGACGGCCAGUUUCUGCACCCUGAAGGAGGCGCUGGAGGUCGACUGGACGACCGAUAAGGCCAAAGCCGGGUUGAAGCGAACACCAGUGGACUACUUUAUGCUUCACG